AUGAACUCGUCGGACCCAGAGUUAGUCGGAUGGGUGUCGGAACCCAAUGGACGAGGCACGUUAGGCCUUCUGACGACUUGUCUCACCACCAUUGUUCUCUGCACCUGGGUUGUGAUCCAUCCGCGUGUAUAUCAAAGUGAAUCUUUCGCGACAUGUCACAAGCUCGCUCUCCUUGCGAAAACACUGCUUGCGCCCGAAUUCAUCGCCGUUGAGGGUCUCCAGGAAUGGGCUCAGUGCCGGCGGAUGGUCGAGGAGUGUUCGAAAUAUACAAACGGGGAGUUCAAGCUGCUUCAUGCGUACUAUAUCAGCAUGCUUGCUCUACGAUAUAGAACACCCGAGGGCAAUAGGGUUGUUUGGCCCAACCAGUUUACUUGGCUGUUGGAACAGGGCGCCAUUGACUGGAGAAGAGACUAUGCAAGCUGGGGCCUCACGGAGAAACAGAUCCGCGACAAAAACAAGAGCGACAGUAUCACGAAGCUCAUCACCUUGUUCCAAGUGCUGUGGUUCGUGGCGACGUGUAUCAUGCGUGCCGCGAAUGCCCUCCCGCUCUCGCAGCUUGAGAGCAUGACGCUGAGCUACAUUCCACUCUUUGCCAUCACUUACUUCUUCUGGUGGGAGAAGCCAAAGGACGUAUUCGCGCCCACGGUUGUUGAUCUUCCCCCGAUGGACCUCGAGCAAUUGAUAAAGUUCGAGUCCAUGGCCUUGAGCGACAAGUUCGAUUAUGUCAACGCCCAGAAGACGUAUUGGAGCAUAUGGGAUCUCACGCCCCGAGUCUUGGAGAAGGAAGAAGAGGAACGAGAAUCAAGGAAAGCCACCCAGCAGACGCGGCCAGGGAACAGCCAGCAAGAGACGCCGAAAUCACCGACAUUCGGCGAAGCAGAGAUACGAGGUGAAGAGGGCGAGAUCAAAGCUCGCAAGGACAUCGUGGUGGCACACUGGGACCCGUAUCUGUACAAUUCAAAGACCAUUCGAGCCCUCUGCUCUCUGUUCGGGGCAUCGUUUGGCGCCCUCCAUCUGGCAUGCUGGAACACGGCUUUCCCAACGGUCGCAGAGAAAUGGAUGUGGAGGUCCUCGGCAUUUGUCUCCAUCUUCUCGCUUCUCGCCUUCAUGCAUUUUGAGAAGGUCGUGCUCUGCUGGAACGGAGUCAUUACCAUUGUCCAGAUUGGAUCGCCAGCGCUGUACUUUGCCAGCCGUCUACUGAUGAUGGGGGAGGUCUUUGUCGCUCUGAGAGCAGUAGAAAAGCGUGUGUAUGAGACUUAUGAUGUUGCAGACUAUGGGAUAACUCUUUGA